GGACAGCAUAAAAACGCGGCCCAUCCUCUCAGCAACUCAUAUACCGUUCUCGGCCUUAGCCAAUAAACAAAGAAUGUCGUUUCCAAAUAUUUGAAAUAGUUUUUCAAGAGAAAACAGUGUCACUGAAAAACCCUAAGCAAAUAUGGCUUGGAGGCAAAUACUCUUCGGCAAUAAUGCAGUCUCCGCGGCCCUUUCUACUCCUGGUUUCUCUAGAUUCUUCUCCAAAUCAAUCUCUUAUGAAGUGAAAGUUGGAAUACCAGAAUUUCUGAAAGGAAUAGGCAAAGGAGUUGAAACCCAUGUGCCCAAGCUUGAAUCUGAGAUUGUUGACUUCCAGAAGCUUCUUGUCACUCGCACUCUUAAGCUCAAGAAGCUUGGCAUCCCUUGCAAACAUAGAAAGCUGAUACUGAAAUACACCCACAAGUAUAGGGUGGGACUGUGGAGACCUCGAGCAGAUGCUGCGAAAUCGUAGUUGGUUUUGGGACUAGCUUGGCCCUUUAAGGACUUGGAAGGUAUAACUGUCGAACAUUCACAUGCGGAACUAUUUUAGCCGAGAGCGUCGGCGGUUCAAUGGUUUACAUAUCGAACUAUCUUAGUGAAUGAGUCUUGGUUUCUUAGAUUUUAGUCUUCAUCCUCAUUCAAAUUUCGUUGAUAAAAAAUUUUGUAGUUAACUGCACAAGUGUACCGAACCAAGUUCAGCAGAAUUCGGAAAAUUUGCAUCUUCAUCUUCUCGGUUGUUAAACCUAUAUCUAGCGAAAAUCAUGAUUCACCCUCCUUGCAUAUUCUUCUUAAAGGCCAGGAAAAUUCUUUGCUUUCCUAGUUCUAUAUGUGCAUCAGUUAUUCAGUCAAGAAAUAGAAUGUGGAAUAAAUAUAAAAUGAUUAGUGGGUUUAUAAGCCCUUGGCCUUGGGUCCCCUCUCCUUGCAAGUCGGUUUUGCCUACUUGCAAAGGUGAGAUCUACGUUAUGGGUUUGUAACAUAAGCGUGUAAUGAUUCAUGAUUUAGCAUAUUUAGACACAAAUUGUGAGGGGGGUGUGUGUAUUUCGCUGACGAUACAUUUGGUAGAAUGGAACAGAGAUUAAUAUCAUAAGGUUGUAUAGAAGCUGGAUUUGCAUAUAAG